AGGGACGUUCUGGAAGGUUCGGCGGCCGCCCUCAGUCGCGGGCGGGCGGGCGGCGGCAGCGGGCGGAGGCGGCUCCUGGCUGCGGUUCUCUCGCUCUGCUAUCGCGCUUCUGUCGCCGAUCGCGGCUGGCGCGGCGCGCCCGGCGCUAUGGGGGUGACUCACGAAGCGGGGCUCUCCCCUCAGGACCCGUGCGGCGGCAGCCCGGCGGGCUGGAGCCGGAGCGCGCAGGUGCCUCAGGGGAACCAGCGCGGGGCGUGCCCGGCAGCGCCCAGCGGAACAGAGACGGGGCACUGCCGGGCCGCAGCCACGCCCGAGGCAGCGGCGGGCAGCACGCAGAAGGGCGGCGCGGGGCAGACGGCCGACAUGGCGGAGUUCAUGGAUGACCUGACGCUGCGCUCUCCCGAGCACGGCGGCUCCCCGGCGCGCUCGCGCUCCUCCAGCCGCUCCUCCAGCCGCUCCUCGCGCAGCUCCAGCUCCAGCAGCUCCUCCGGCCGCUCCUCGCGCAGCUGGAGCCGCUCCCGCUCCCGGUCCCGGCGGCGCCGCUGCCGCCGCCGCUCCCGCUCCUACUCGCGCAGCCGCUCGCGCUCCCGCGGCUCCCGGCGCUACCGCGGCCGCUACCGGCACUACCGGCGCCGCUACCGCCGGCGGCGCUCCCGCUCCUGGUCCCGCGGCAGGGCGUGCUUCCGCCGCUCCUACUCCAGGAGCCGCUCCCGCUCCCGCGGCAGGCGCUACUACGGCUUCGGCAGAACAGUCUACCCCGAGGCCUACCGCGGCUGGAGGAGCCGCUCGCGCACGCGCUCCCGCAGCCGGUCACCGCUGCACCUCAGCGAGAAAGACAAAAGGGAACUCCUGGAAAUUGCAAAAGCCAAUGCUGCCAAAGCUCUGGGAACAGACAACAUUGUCCUGCCAGCGAGCCUGAAGAUCUCUGCUCCUGCCAAGGAGAUCAAAACGGAGAAGCAGGAGCGUGAGGAAGCCACGGAGUCAGCUGAGCAACCUGGGAGUGCAGCUGAGGACGUGACCAAGGCUGGCAUGGAGAGAGCAACCAUCCAGAGGAGCAUUUCCUUCAGCCCUAAUAACACAAUGGCCAAGCCUGCCCUGCAGAAGCCAGUGAGCCACGUUGUGGUUAAGGAGCCAGUGGUGUCUCCAGCCAGGGAGGAUGACAGGAAGGGAAGCCCCUAUGGGCAGUGGGUUCCUGUCAAGAAGGAGGAGAAGAAAACAUUCCUGAACUUUUCACCCAAAAGCUCCCUGUUCCGGGCACGCUGAUGGGAGUCCUGGCAGCCUGCAGCACUUCACCCUCAGCACAGAGGGACACUUCUGAUGGGCUUGAAGACUUGUUAAUACUGAGUAUUUAUUUUGAGGUCUUAAUUUUUGGAAUCUUAGGUUUCUCUUUCAGAUAGAGAGCACACAGAUCCAGAAGCCACAGAUGGGAAUCUUGUGUAUAUUUGUAAAUAUUUUAUAUUGCUUUAUUGGACUAGAACUUGCAGGUGGGUAACUUUUUCUAAACCAUAGUUGAGUAGCUGUUCUUUGAACACCUGGAUUUACUUUGUGUAACUGUUUACUUCAAGUGAAUAAAGUUUAGUUUUGCACUGGC